UAAAAGCUCGUGUCCUAGGUAAAUAGGUCAGUUGACUUUGUUUUUGUGUCGUUCGAAAUUGGUGCGGGAUCCAAUAAGUACAGAAGCAUGAAGUUUUUGGUAUUCUUAGGACUUAUAGGGUUUGCUAUUUGCCAGGACAGGAUCGACCAGCUGUUUAGCUUGGCGGAUGCCAACAAGGACGGCUCCAUCCAAAAGGCCGAACUGGUGGCCGUGUUCCUUGCAUAUGAUGAGGACAGUGAUGGCAGGGUAACGGAGACUGAGUUUGUCGACAACUGGGUUGCCGGUACAGGGUCCUCCCAAGAAGCUGCGAAGGCACUCUUUGAUCUGACUGACGCCGCGGGUGCCGUCGCGGACGGCGCAAUUACGCGCGAUAACGUGGACGCGGUCUUUGUCGCUUUUGAUGCUGACGGAAGCGGCGAAGUUUCUCCGGCCGAGUUUAGAGCCAAAUGGACCGAGAUCACCGGGUCUCUCGCUGCUACCUCGACUCAAGUACAGGCGAGAAUACAGCAACUGUUCAAUUUGGUGGACAAAAACGGCAAUGGUAUCAUGUCUCAGGGCGAAUAUUUUCAACUCCUGACAGGGUUUGACGACAACAAGGACAAUGAGGUCACCCAGGCCGAGUUCUUGGCUCACUGGCCAGGUACAAAUGGUGCUCAGGUAUUUGCGGCUGCCGCUGCUGAGGACGGUAAAAUUACCCGCGAAGAUCUGCAACGUAUCUAUAAUCAGUAUGAUGGCAACGGCGACGGCAAAGUCACCCGAGAGGAAUUUGCUGCAGCCUGGUUAAAGAUCGUUAGAGAGAAUCCUGCCAUUCUUGGUUGAGUGAACUCAUUGUUGAGUGAACAUGAUUUGUAACAGUGCUGAAGAAGGAGAUAUGCAAAUUUCGUGCUUAUUUUUACUUCCCUUACAAAAUUACGGACUUAAGUGUGUACAAAGUGUUCUCCCAAUUUCUAAUUUUUUAUCUUGGGUUUCGUGAAAAUAAAAUGCAGAGGGAAAAUAAAGACCAAUUUGGAUUGCA